AUGGCUGAAGGCGCGCAGGCCCCACCAACUUUCAAGCUCGUCCUCGUCGGUGACGGUGGUACUGGAAAGACCACCUUCGUCAAGCGUCACCUGACUGGUGAAUUCGAGAAGAAGUACAUUGCGACUCUCGGUGUCGAAGUCCACCCUCUUACUUUCACCACCAACCUGGGUACCAUUCAGUUCGACGUGUGGGACACUGCUGGCCAGGAGAAGUUCGGUGGUCUCAGAGAUGGUUACUAUAUCAACGGCCAGUGCGGUGUGAUCAUGUUCGAUGUGACCUCCCGUAUCACCUACAAGAACGUUCCCAACUGGCACCGUGACCUCGUCCGUGUCUGCGAGAACAUCCCCAUUGUCCUGACCGGUAACAAGGUCGAUGUUAAGGAGCGUAAGGUGAAGGCCAAGACCAUCACCUUCCACCGCAAGAAGAACCUCCAGUAUUACGAUAUCUCCGCCAAGUCCAACUACAACUUCGAGAAGCCUUUCCUCUGGCUUGCUCGCAAGCUUGUCGGCAACCCUCAGCUGGAAUUCGUUGCCGCCCCCGCUCUUGCUCCUCCCGAGGUGCAGGUCAACCCCGAGCUCCUCGAGCAGUACCAGAAGGAGAUGGCCGACGCUGCUCAAAUGCCCCUCCCCGACGAGGACGACGCCGACCUGUAA